AUGGCUCCCACCGCUGCCAACCCCAAGGACUGCCCCGAGUAUGAUCCGAAGAACAUGAUCUUCCGCCGACUUGGCCCCUCGGGUGUGCGCGUCUCUCUGUUCUCUCUCGGAGGCUGGCUCACCUACGGUGGUACCGUCAACAGCGACGAGACCAAGGAGAUUGUCAAGCUUGCCUUCGAGAAUGGCAUCAACACGUUCGACACUGCCGAGGUGUACUCUGCUGGCCAGUGCGAGGUCGACAUGGGCAAGGCCAUCCGCGACCUCAACCUCCGUCGCUCUGACCUCGUUCUCAUCAGCAAGAUCUUCUUCGGUGUCGGUUCCAAGGACCCCAACGGACGAGGCUUGAGCCGCAAGCACAUCAUCGAGGCUGCCAAUGCCUCUCUGGAGCGAUCUGGGCUCCCCUACUGGGACGUGCUCAUGGCCCAUCGUCCUGAUCCUACUGUCCCUAUGGAAGAAAUCGUUCGAGGUUUCAAUAGGUUGAUCGAGUCGGACAAAUGUUUCUACUGGGGCACGAGCGAGUGGUCAGCGGCCCAGAUCGAGGAAGCCCACGCCGUCGCCAGCCGCCUCAACCUGAUCCCUCCCAUCGCCGACCAGUGCCAGUACAACAUGUUCCAUCGUGAACGUCCUGAGAAGGAGUACGACCCGCUGUACAAGGUGCGCAACUACGGCACCACCAUUUGGUCGCCGCUUGCUUCGGGUCUGCUGACCGGCAAGUACAACGACGGCAUCCCCUCCGGCUCGCGCUUCGACACGAACAAGAACUUCUUUGACAACACGGUCAAGGAGCUGCAGACGCCCGAGGGCAAGGCCAAGAUCGAGAAGGUCAAGAAGCUGACCCAGAUUGCCGACGGUCUAGGUGCCAAGGUGACCAAUCUGGCGCUUGCCUGGUGUGCCAAGAACCCCAACGUCUCGACCGUGAUCCUGGGCGCUUCCAAGCCGGAGCAGAUCAUCGAGAACCUCAAGUCGCUGGACCUGAUCGAGAAGCUGACGCCCGAGAUCAUGUCGCAGAUCGACGAGAUCCUGGGCAACAAGCCCGAGCUGCCUUCGCUGUUUGGAAGGUAA